AUGGCGGCCGGCGGCAAGGCCUCCUCCUCCGCCUCCUCUUCCUCCUCCUCCUCCUCUUCCUCGGCCUCGGCCGCGUCGCUGGACAGGAAGCUGCAGGCGGUGACCAACACCAUGGAGUCCAUCCAGGGCCUCUCCUCCUGGUGCCUGGAGAACAAGCGACACCACGCCGCCAUCGCCCGGCGCUGGAUCCACUGGAUGCGCCGCUCUGGCUUCGCUCACCGACUGAACCUCUUCUACUUGGCCAACGACGUCAUACAGAACUGCAAAAGAAAAAACGCCAUCAUCUUUCGCGACACCUUUGCCGAAGUGCUGCCGGAAGCCGCUGCGUUGGUGAACGAUCCCUCCGUCUCCAAGUCUAUAGAGAGGAUUUUCAAAAUAUGGGAAGACAGAAAUGUGUAUCCAGAGGAAACCGUUACCGUUCUAAAAGAAGCUUUAAGUUCCACUUUCAAAUCCCAGAAGCAGCCGAAAGAAACUCCGAGCAAACAGCCAACUAAGUCUUGGAAGAAAUCUCAAACCUCUACCAACCCGAAGGCGGCAUUAAAGUCCAAGAUUGUGGCCGAGUUUCGGCCGCAGUCGCUGGUGGAUGAGCUCCUCUCCCACAAGCACUCGGAAGACCAGAUCGAGCUGAAGGAGAAGCAGCUGUCCACCAUGCGGGUGGACGUCUGCAGCACCGAGACCCUGAAAUGCUUGAAAGACAAGACUGGAGGGAAGAAGUUCUCCAAGGAGUUUGAGGAGGCCAGCGCCAAGCUGGAGGAGUUCGUGAACAGCCUGGACAAGCAGGUGAAGGACGGCCCUUCGCUGACGGAAGUGCUGGAGAACGCGGGCAUCUUCUACGAAGCCCAGUACAAGGAGGUCAAGGUGGUGGCCAAUGCUUACAAGACCUUCGCCAACCGAGUGAGCAAUCUCAAGAAGAAACUGGACCAGCUGAAGGCCACCCUCCCUGACCCCGAGGAGUCGCCCGUCCCCUCGCCGAGCAUGGACGCCCCCUCUCCCACGGGCUCCGAGUCCCCGUUCCCGGGGAUGGGGGAAGAAGACGCCACCCCCUCACCCAAGGCGGCAGUGACGGCGGCGGCAGCGGUGGUGAAGUCUCCCUCCCCGGAGCUCGCCACAGACAAUCGGGACGUGGAGGACAUGGAGCUCUCCGAUGUGGAAGAGGAGGCCCCCAAAAUUAUCGUGGAAGAGAGAAAAGAGAAACCAGCGGCCUCAAGUCCGAACCCCGCCAAGAUGGCUGAGAGCGUCCCCAGGGCUUCCCCGCUGACGGCGGCCGCCCCAGCGGCUGCUGCCGCCACCACCUCUGGAGCGCCCCCGGCAGCUGCACCCGUGCUGGCACCCCCUGCCGUCACUCCUCCGGCCCCCAAGCCGUCGAGCCAAGCCCCUCUUCCUUCGUCGCCAGCUCUGGGGUUGCCAAACCUAGCCAACGUGGACCUGGCCAAGAUCAGCUCCAUCCUCAGCAGUCUGACGUCCGUCAUGAAGAACACAGGGGUCAGUCCUGCCUCCAGACCUUCCCCCAGCACCCCGACUAGCCCCACCGGCCUCAUGGGUGGCUUGAAGGCUCCGGCCACGGGACCCCUGGCGGCCUCGCCCAGCCCCCUGGCCAGCAUCUUCUCCAAAGUGGAGAUCACCCCAGAGAGCAUCCUGUCCGCACUCUCCAAGAGCCAGGCCCAGGCUGCCCCGGGCCUGCAAGGUUUGUCCUCGUUCCUUCAGAGCGUUGCUGGAAAUUCGGGGCAGCCCAGCGAGACGGCGCCCCAGAGCAGCUCCCCGGCCCCCACGAACACCCCGGCGGCCUCCGGGAAGGGGAGGGCUGUGUUGUCCACCACGCAGCCCUUCAUGCCACACAGCCUCAGCUAUUCUCCGAACUCCUCCUCCUCUUCGGCCGAGGUUUCUUCCACCUCGGUCCACAAGAUGCCCUCUGGACACGGCCCCGGGCUCUCCGGGCCCAGCUUCAAGCCCCCCAUCAACUCCCUGGGCUUUGCCAGCGCCCAGGCCCCCAGCCCCUCCCUCCGGCCCGUGGAGACCCCGACCCCUCAGUCGUCGGAGGUCUCGGAGACCAAGGUGGAGCCGGAGCCAACUUCGCCCAGCCUGGAGAUGAAGAUCCACAACUUCCUGAAGGGGAAUCCGGGGUUCAGCGGCCUGAACCUGAACAUCCCCAUCCUGAGCGGUUUGGGCUCCUCCGGCCUGCCGCCCGAGAGCCACCCCUCCUCCUCCCCGGAUUUCGGCCGGGGGCCCACCAGCACUUCGAUGGACAGCAUAGACGGCACUCCGGUGCGUGACGAGCGGAGCGGGACGCCCACACAGGACGAGAUGAUGGACAAGCCGUCCUCCAGCAACGUGGACACCAUGUCGCUGCUGUCGAAGAUCAUCAGCCCCGGCUCCUCCACGCCCAGCAGUACCCGGUCGCCCCUCCAGAGCCGGGACGACGGCUACCCGCAGGAGCUGCCCAACUCCGGCUACCGGCCUUUUGGGCUGAGCCGGGACUCCCCGGCCGGGAUGUACAAGCCGCCCCCGGAGGGGCUGGAGCUGCCCUCCUCGCUGAUGGACUCCCCCCAGGAGAAGUUCUACCCCGACACCUCCUUCCAGGAGGACGAAGACUACCGCGACUUCGACUACCCCGGCCCUCCACCCUCCGCCCUGAUGAACCUGGAGAAGCAGCCGGCCAAGUCCAUCCUCAAGUCGGGGAAGCUGUGCGACCCUUCGGAAUACCCAGCGGGGAUGUCCGGCUACCGGCAGAGGCCCUCGGGGUUCGGCCUGAAGGCCCCUUUCGGCCAGCCCGGGCGGCCUCUCCACGACCAGAGCGACGGCUGCGACCCCCUGCCCUCCUCGGGAAUCUACGGCAGCUACGGCCUGCGGGGAAACGACUCCGGCUCGGACGCCUCCCCCACGCCCAGCAAGAACGACGCCUUCUUCCCGCCGGAUUCCAACCACAGCAGCCUGCCUCCGUCCGGGCAGCAGCCGCACUCGGGGCUGCUGCAGAAGCCGUACCCCGACUCCCCCCACGUGGCUCCCCAGAGGUCCCUUUUCUCGCCCCAGAAUGCCCUCGUGAGCCCCACCGGCCGGCUGCCCCCCUCGAACGCGGAGAAGUCUAUCCUCUCGGCCAUCUCGGCCACCUCCACCAUGGAGUUCAAGAAUAUGCUUAAAAACGCCUCCCGGAAGCCCUCCGAGGAGGGCAAGCACUUCGGCCAGGGGCCCAAAGGGGGCGCCAGCGACCUCCCCGGCCUUUCUCCGGGAGGGGGGGACCCGCAGAAGCAGCCGGAGGAGCACUUCCGGAUCGAGACCAGGGUCUCCUCCUCUUGCUUAGACCUGCCCGACAGCACCGAGGAGAAGGGGGCGCCCAUCGAGACGUUGGGCUACCACAACGCGGCCGUCCGGGGGAUGUCCGGGGAGCCCAUCCAGACGGUGGAAUCCAUCCGCCUGCUGGGGAAGGGCGGCCGAGGGCACGGGCGAGAGGCCUCCCGCGCAGGCUGGUUCGAGAUGAGCGGUGCAGGCAGCUCCUUCGACCGCGGCCCCUCGGGCACGACGGAGAUGCCCCCCCUGGGGUCUGGCGGGGGCGCUGGGGGCGUGUCGAGUUUCCAGAGCCAGUACAAGGACCGGCUGGGCUCGUUCCAGGAAAGCGUCGGCAACUUCCGAGCCGGGGGCUUCGCCGCCCCCUUUGACCGCCACGUCCCACCGCCCCCCUUGGAGCACGGGGCUUCCUUCCCCAGAGACCAGCUGGGGCCACCCCCCUCGGGCCCUCAGCCGCUUCCGCCCAAGGAGCUCAGCACCCUCUUCGCGAGGGACCACUCGGUGCCCCCGCCACGGAUGCCGGCGGUGGAUCGCGCCAGCCCCUUCUCGAAGGAGGCCUCCUCCCCGCUGACCUUGCCUCGCGGGGUGCCUCCUCCCCCGCCCCCGCCUCUCGAACGGAGUGGGGUGCCGUUCCCCUCCCAGCCGCCCCCUCCUCUCCCGGUGGAACACGGGGGGGUCCGUCCGUUCUCUAACCCUCCGCCCACUCCCGGAGACCUCGGCCUCCCCUUCCCGGCUCCCCCCAUGGCCUCCGAGCACGGGGCCCUGCACCAAGGAACGAUGAAGGAGCGUUUUAGCCUGCCGCCAGGAGCCCCCCGGGAUCCGGGGGCCCAACCUCAGUGCGAUCACAGCGGUCAGCCCCUCGGCCGGGCUCGAGACGGCCUGGGCAUAGCCGCCCUUGCCCGAGACGGCCUGGGCUCCGGCCUCUCCGUGGGCUCCUCGGUGUCCGCUCAGCGGAACGGCACAAACCGAGGUGGGCUGGGGCUGAGGAACCAGCGGCCGGAUUUUAGGCCCCGGGAAUUCUUCUUAAACCGAGACCCCUUUAACAGCCUGAAAAGGCCCCGGCCCCCCUUCGCCCGGGGCCCCCCCUUCUUCGUCCCCAAACGCCCCUUCUUCCCUCCCAGGUACUGA